CGCCGCGGUGCGUGAGAAAUACGAGAAGGAGGCGCUUCUCUCCUGUCAAACCACAACAAAGAUGAAGGCGCGACAUGACAGUUAGAUUUGCAAUUUUUUUUAGCGACGGGUUACAAUUCGCGCUGAAGUGAAGAUGGACGCGCCGCAUCUACCGGAGCAGAGCGCGGAGAAACGCGUCCGUAUCGUCGGAUCCGAGCUGGUGGAGAACUACACGGUUUACGUCAUAGAGGUCAAUGCUGGAGAUCACAGAUGGACGGUCAAGCAUCGUUACAGCGACUUUCACGAGUUGCACGAAAAACUCACUGUGGAGAAGAAGAUUGAUAAGCAUCUGUUGCCGCCCAAGAAGAUCAUCGGCAAAAACUCCAAAAGUCUCGUGGAGAAGCGACAGAAGGAGCUGGAGGUUUAUCUCCAAACGCUCCUGAGCAGAUUCCCUGCGUCCGCCCCCAAAGUCUUGUCCAACUUCUUACUCUUUAACUUUUAUGAAAUCAAUGGGAUUGCUGCGGCCCUGGCUGAAGAGCUCUUUCAUAAGGGUGUGCAGUGGUUGGAUGCAGGCGAGGUGUUUCUGCUCAGGCCGCUCCAGUUGUACGCCGUCACACAGCAGCUGAAACUCGCCAAACCUACCUGUGCCAACGGAGACGCCCGAGCUGACCUGGGACACAUCCUGGACUUCACCUGCCGCCUAAAGUACCUCAAGAUCUCUGGAAUGAAAGCAGCUGUGGGGACGAGUAACAUCGAGGAGCAGAGCCUCCCGUUUGACCUGUCCAUCUUUAAAUCGCUGCUUCAGAUCGAGAUCAGUGAUUGUGAUGCCGGACAAAUCAAAGAUCUGCCUUUCCUAAAGCCCACCCUGGCCUCGCUCAGCAUACACCUCUCAGCCAGCAGCAUGAAGGAAAUCUUAGUUCCCGAAGCGUCUGAAUUUGCACAGUGGGAACCUGAAGGUGUUGAUACGGAUUGUUCCGUGACUGCGAUCAUUCCCACGUGGAAGAUGCUCACUACUUUGGACUUGAGCCGAAACUUCAUACGCUGCAUUGAUGACUCGGUGAAACUGAUUCCUGAAGUCGAAUUCCUUGAUCUCAGCUAUAAUCAAUUGUCUCUAGUGGAAAACCUCCAGCAUUUGUACAACCUGGUUCAUCUGGAUCUGUCCUUCAACAAACUCCGAGUCCUGGAGGGCGUUCACACUAAACUGGGGAAUAUCAAGACUUUGAAUCUGUCUGGGAAUCAGUUGGAGACACUCUCUGGCCUCAGUAAACUGUACUCAUUGGUUAACUUGGAUUUGAGCAGCAACAGAUUAGCACAGCUGGAUGAAAUCAAAUACAUCAGCACUCUUCCCUGUCUGGAGAAACUGUCUGUGUCUGAUAACCCCAUGUGCAUCAUCCCAGAUUACAGGACUAAAGUUUUGGCGCAGUUCUGCGACCGGGCCUCCGAGGUGUGUUUGAAUGGUACAACCACCACAGAAAAAGAGCUCGACACCGUGGAGGUGCUGAAAGCCAUUCAGAAAGCCAAAGAGGCCAAAGACCGAAUGGCAAACAAUGAGAAAAAGGUGAGUGACGUCCCGGGGCAGUCCUCUUCAUCCUCUCUCGUCCCGCCGCCCUCCUCUUCCUCCCCCUCUCUGUCUCGUUCCACCUGCUCCAGCCAAGAAAUAACCAUUUAUAAAGAAAAAGCUUUAAUUACCAAAGAUAUAUUAACUCCUGUGGAUUCUACAUUUACCCAGAGAUGCUAUGAUGUUUACAGCUCACCUUGUGACGUCAUUCCGCAGGUGGACACUCAAAUUUCUUCCAGUUUUUCUUCGGAGGUCACCUUUGAGAGCAGCCUUUGUUGCUGUGAAGAGGAGUGGAAACCUUGGACUGCAAGUCUUUCGAAUCUCUUUUUGCCUCCUUUCUUACUGUCCUACACAACCACCAACCAAGAGUUUACCAACCAGCUUUCUGUUCAAAUCAACCUGUCUAAUAAAGAAGAAUCAACCCAGAAACCCUGCAAAACCCUAUCUCUUGAGGAAACAGAACAGGGCAGCCCUCAAUCUGGAGAUGGGUACUUUGAGAUGACACUAGAUGAUACUAACGAGAUCAUGGGUUGUUUCUCCUCAUCUACUAUUCAGGAAAAGACAACAGAUGUUGUGCAGAAGGACUCCGUAAUUGGUGAUGUAAAACUAGUGGUUUGGUCUCUUUGCAUCAGUGUUGGAGAAGGUUUGAGUCAGUGGCCAUGUUGUUUGGUGGCAACGGACUGCUCACUUGUGGUUUUCCACACAAGGUCAGAAGAACCAGUGAGUAACUUGGAGGAACUAACGAAGGCCCUUGAGAUAGACUUGGUUGUGCCAUACACCAACAUUAAGACCUUUCAAUUUGAUAUUCCAUAGGUUCUCCUUCUCCUGAAGGUGAAGUCAAACAAUAGGCGCUGGUUCUUUUUCUCAGAUGCCCAAAGUCUAAAGGAGAUGCACUCUUGCAUUGUUCCACAUGUGGACCAAACUAAUGAGCAAGUAUUAACCUCCUCUAACACUCAACUGUUUAUCCAACAGUUUCUGAACUCUUGGGACUUUGAGGAAACUGAGGACAGUGUUAAAGGAGGACACUUGAUCCAUUUCCUUAAUCUAGACUCAUCUACCUCUGACACAUAUGGCGCAAACAACCCACUCUUUACAAAAAACUCAGUACCUUCAGAUGUUUUAUCCCAAAUCAGCCUGUUUGAAAGUGAUCAGGACCAAACCUCCA